CUGUUCCAGCUGCAGUACAAAUCCUGGUUUUCCUUCUCAGUCCUAUUACCCUGCUCUGCUCUCUCUACCACUCUACGCUCGAAGACGACACACAGACACACACACUUUGAGUAUCAUCACACAGCAACACACACACGCACGCACGCACACCUCUCCUGGAGCUCCUGCUGAACCAGAGGAGGAGGAAAGAGGCUGGAAGAAUUUUGGCCUAAAGUCCUGCAGCCGCCUUCGAACUGCUGGGAUGAGGUGGUGGCUGGUGGUGGCCAGUCUGUGGCUGCUGGUGGCCCUGACCAUCCCUGAUACUCAGGCCAGGAAUCGACCACGCAACCAGAACGGCGAGAUUCGCAGAGGGAGGAGGAGGAAGGAUGGACAGGGUUAUGGCCGAGCCAGAGCAGGGCGCACUAGACCUUUGAAGAUCAGACUGGUUCCUGGACCCAGCAUCCCAGUGCAGCCCGCAGAAAACCAAGGAAACGCUCUGCUCCUAAAACCCUACAAGAACCUCCAAGAACAGCACGGCAUCUACAACGUCAUCCCAGGUAAGCAGGGCCAGUGUGUGUACCAGGGUAUGACCAUGUUCGACCAGGCUGUCUGGUCCCCAAAGCCAUGUGUGACUUGUCUGUGUACCGGAGGACGGGUGGUUUGUGACGAGAUCACCUGUCCCAAAAUACACUGCCAUUUCCCCUUCACCCCUGUGGGGGGGUGCUGCCCUGUCUGCACGAAGCCAGAAACCGACCUCAGCCUUGACCUUUCUGGUGAUUCCCCAGUUUCCAAUGACCCCAGUGAUGUUGUGACUCCGCUGACCCCAGAGGAGAUUCAGCGUAUCCUCUGGAGGGAGGCAGAGCAGCACCGUGAGGAAGAAGAGCGUGUGAGGAAGAAGGAAGAAGCUAGAAGAGAGAGAAGGAAGCAAAGGAAGGAGCAGGAGGAGAGACAGAGAAAGAUAAUUGAGAAGAGGAGAAGGCAGGAGGAGGAGGCACUGAGGCUGCAGGAAGAAAAAGAGCUGGAAGAGUGGAGGAGACAGAGAGAGGAGGAGCAAAAGAGGAGGCAGGAGGAAGAGGAAGACAGGAUGCGGAAGGAGGAAGCAGAGAGAGAAGCAAGAGAGAGGGAAAGGAAGUUUGAGGAGGAGAGGAGGAGGCAGGAGGAGAGUCUGAGGGAAGAACUCCUGGAUCUGGUCGAGGAGGAGAAGGAAUGGCAGGAGGAGAGGAAGGAGAAGCUGAGGGAAGAACUCUUGGAUCUGGUCGAGGAGGAGAAGGAGUGGCAGGAGGAGAGGGAGGAGACGCUGAGGGAAGAACUCUUGGAUCUGGUCGAGGAGGAGAAGGAGCGGCAGGAGGAGAGGGAGGAGACGCUGAGGGAAGAACUCUUGGAUCUGGUCGAGGAGGAGAAGGAACGGCAGGAGGAGGAAAAGGAGAAGCAAGAGGAGGUGGAGGAGGAGGAGGUGUGGCUGAGGGGAGACGUGUUUCAGAUGCUCCCAAAAGAGCCUGAAGAACCCGAGGAACCAGACCUCCUCCCUGCUCCGAUCCCAAGACCUCCAGCUGCCACAGAGGAGGAAGAGGUGGAAACCAAGGAGGCGGAGGAUAGGGAGGUGGUGGCUGUGAACAGAGGAGGCCUCCCUCCAGGCUGUGACAUCUCUGAUGUUACUGCCACAUGUGAGAAUGCCAAACUCACCCACUUCCCUCCUCUGGCCAUUCCUGAGCUCAAAUCUCUCAGUCUGGAGGGCAACAGCAUCAGCAGCAUCCCGGCAGAAGCCUUUAAUGGAAUUCCUAACCUGGAGUGGAUCAACCUGAAGAAAAACAAACUCACCUCUGCUGGCAUUGAUGCUAAAGCCUUCAAAGUGCUGAAGAAACUAACGCGUCUAUAUUUGGAUGGGAACCUUUUAGAAGUUGUGCCCUCUGACCUUCCCCCGACCCUGCAGGAGCUGAAGAUCAACGAGAACAGACUGAAAGGGAUCGAUGAAAACAGUUUCCAAGAUUUGAGGAGCCUGGUGACUCUGGAGCUGGAAGGGAAUCUGCUGAGUGAGGGGAAUGUAGAUCCUCUGGCCUUCACCCCCCUAAUCCAGCUCUCCUACCUCAGGCUGGGGAGAAACCAUUUCCGUACUAUACCACAAGGCCUUCCCAAGUCAUUGCUGGAACUCUAUCUGGAGAACAACCUGAUUGAAGAAAUCUCAGAGACAGUUUUUAAUCAGACCAGCAAUCUGAACAUAGUUUCUUUAAGACACAACAAGCUGGAUGAAACCAGGAUUGCCCCGCUGGCCUGGAUCAACCACAGAAACCUGGAGUCCAUUGACCUUUCAUAUAAUGACCUUUACCUGGUUCCUUCAUAUCUACCAAGAUCUCUGGUUCACUUGGUGCUGGUGGGAAACAAUAUUGAGAGGAUACCUGGUUACGUCUUUGCCCACAUGGACCCUGGUUUAGAGUAUCUCUACCUCUCCUACAACAAACUGGACGGAGAGGGGACUGAACCAGAGUCCUUCUUUGGAACCUACCACUCCAUGGUCGAAAUGUGUCUGGACCACAACCAGCUGGUUGUUGUGCCAUCUGGCAUCAAUGAAAUGACCAACUUACACUUCCUCAGACUUGACAAUAACAGGAUCAGGAAUAUCCCUGACGAAGGCAUCUGUGACCUAAACCACAGUGAGGAGUCGACGCUGGUGGCUGUGAGGCUGGAAAACAACUACAUCAACCCCCAGAAGAUCUCACCAAUAGCCUUUUCCUGUGUACAAUCUGCAUCAAGUGUGGUCUUAAAACCCCAGAAAACCAAGUGACCAGAGAAUAAACAAAACCAAACACUAAGAGACACUUGCUUAAACCCAAAAUAUGAGAUUGUAAAUGUAAUUUUGGACUUUAAUCUGCCAAGAGAAGUCAGAAUCCAAGUUCCUUUCACUAUUUUUCUCUGCUGUGUUACUAAUAUCCAAAAUAAAAAUAAAUCUUAAACAAUUACUAGAAAACGUGCAGGUCUCAUGUUAAAAUCUGAAAUACAGAUUAAACAUCAAACACAGUUACUGCUGAUGUAGAUUGCCUUAAGGUAAGGUGCUGUUGGUCUAAACUCCUAUGAACAAUAUUUUCUACAACUUUAGACCAAACACAAGGUUUGGUAAGUUGUCCUGUGGUGUCCCUGGCCAAUCUUAAGGUGAGAGAACUAAUCUAGACUUCAAAAUCAAACACAUCUGUCUGCUCUUCUUCUUUUCGCCAGUCUCUUUAGGGUCACCACAGCGGAUCGCUGUCUAAAAGGGAAAGAAUUCCUGUAUCAUACACAGUAAAAUGAAAACGCUAAUAAAGAAAUGGAAAGAAUUCUGUGACCGCAAGCACAGCGCAUUAUCUUUAACAACCUCAGCACCUUCAUGUUCCAUUUCUCAGCGGCACUUCUUCCAGUGCCUGUUUUCACAAAAAUUCUGACAUGAGUAGGACUGUGAGCAGUGAGCUCACACGUGACACAUCCUUUAAGAGCUUUGUGUAAAUAUCGUGCCUGCUUAUUUCCUCAGUUAUCUUCAUUAUCUUGCUAAAGUGAGUGGACCGAGACAGGGCAGUGACUUCCUCGAGUUCAGUUAAGCCAGAUUUAUGCUUGAUGCAAGAAUUAAAUGGGAGUCUUGCUGUAGUGCAUCUGUUAUGAUUUACAAUUCAACAUCAUGUAAGAAGAUGAAUGUAUCAUGUGAUCAAACCAUAUGGUGCUUCAGUUAUAUUCUGCACAGCAAUGGUAUCAAUUCACUUUGUGGUUAAAGAAAAAAAAUCACGAUGGGACCCUUACAAAGUUAUCUGACUGUAGCUGCAUCCAGGUUAUCUUCUAUUUCUAUUUUCCUCUGUACAGUAUGCAUCUUUACAUGGUUUUAUUCACUGCCAAGUGGGAGCAGAGUACACUAAAGAGUUUAAGGAGAGCAUAUGGCCAAAUAUUUUUUAGCUUAAGGCUGCUGCAUGAAAAUGUCUUCUAGUAUUUUACUCACUAUAAAUUUGUAUUUCAGUGUUUUCUUUUAAUUGAAUCUUCUGUCUUCUCGAACACAGAAACACAAAAGUCUCCAAGAUCAUUUAAACUACUUUUCUGUGCAUCAGCUGUUGACCUGUGUACACUGUAGCAUGAGCUAUUAACACUGUGUAUAAACAUCUGUAAACAGGAUCCACAUGGAUGAAAGGCUCUUUCUACCUAAAGGUUUUAACUUUGCUUUGAAAAACUCUAACUUGAGGUCGAAAAUGCUCAACAGUUUGAAACUUUAGUUACAGUUAAAAAAUGUUUUUUUUUUAAAUUAACAAUUUCAGAAAUAUUUGAUUAUGUCCUUUCAUUUCCUCUAAGCUGCCCAACAUGCUUAAAUUGUAAGAAAUUGGUGAGUCAACUUCAUGUUUUACAGUUUAACACAAUGCUAUUAUGCACAAUUACAAUAAACUUUAUUACAUUCCCAUUA